AUCUUCUUCAUAAAUUUUAAAUACCACUGAUUUAUUUAUUUUUUAAUUACUAUUUUUGUAUUAAUAAUAAAUUCCAAUAAUAUUUUUAUUCAAUGAAUAUUAAUAGAAUUUGGUACAAUCAUUAGAAUUAGAUUAAUUAAUAUUAAAUCCACAAAUAAAACCCCAAGAUUAAUUUAUUAUUCAGUAUCAGUAAUUUCAAGAAUUUUUUUAUUCUUUAUAAUUAUUGUAUACUUAUCAUCCAUUAGAUUUACUAAAACAGAUACUUUUAAUUUUAUAGUUCAAAUAAUAUUUUUUUUAAAAAUUGGAACUUUCCCCUUUCAUUUUUGAAUAAUUUAUUCUUAUGAAAUAAUAAAUUGAAAGCAAAUUUUUUUAAUAUCAACAUUAAUUAAAUUUAUUCCAAUUUAUAUAAUAGUUUCAAUAACUAAAAUUAAUUCAUGAACAUUAUAUUUUUUAAUUACAAAUAGAUUAUAUAUUUCAUUUUAUGCUAAUAAAUUUUACACUCUAAAAAAAUUACUAGCAUGUUCAACAAUUUUUAAUUCAUUCUAUUUUAUUUUUAUUUUAGAAUUAAAUAAAAAUAUAUUUAUUGCUAUAAUUAUUUUAUAUUCAUUUAAUUAUUUUUUAUUAAUUAGAUUCUUAAAUAAAUUUAAUAUUCAAAAUUUUAAUUUUAUAUUUUACAAUAAAUAUCAAAUAUAUACAUUCUUAACAUUAAUAUUUAAUUAUUCAAUAUAUCCAAUUUUUCUUUCAUUUGUAAUUAAAUGAAAUCUAAUUUUUAUAAUAGUAAGAGUUAAAGCUUAUAAUUGAAUUUUAUUUCUUUUAAUAAUUUCUAGAAUAUUAAUAAUUUGAAAUUAUAUUAUUAUUUUAAAACGUGUAUUUUUAAAAAUAAAUUUUUAUAAAAAUAAUUUCAUUGAUGAUAAAGAUAAUAAAUAUAUAUAUCAUAGAUAUUUUGCACUUACACUUCUUUCAUUUAAUAUUUCAUUUUUUAUUACAUUAAAUUUUUUAUAA